AUGCUCGAGAUCCUUCCUUCUUCUGCUUUAGAUGAUGGAUCCUUAUCUGAUAUAACACCAACUUCUCAUGGAGAGCAGGGCGUCACUGCGCAGAAUUUCUUCAACGGCUACGCAACCCACCAGUACGCUAUAUCACGGGUGAUGUUGGCAUCGGGAGAAAGAAAGGGCACGACCAGCGCUUCAGAUUUGAGUGGUUUGGGUGCUACUUUGACUUUGAUAAAAGAGGCCCUGAUGCGGAAGGACGAAUAUGGUAUUCUGCAGUGGCAGGUUAUUCUAGGCAGGCCACAGACCUCACCACAGGCGACUUUACAAAUAUAA